AUGUCUUGCAAGACUGAAGACCGCAGAGAACACUAUCCUCUCCUGUAUGGCUCUACCGUCGCAUCUAACGCAGAGACUGCGAAAUCGCCAUGCGAUCCAACUGCGCCCUCUGUCGGACCCACUACAAUUAGUAUUGGGCGGGUACAUGUCUAUAACUUUGGUUCUUCCAAAAACGCGGCCUCUACGGAUGGUCAGGCCCUUGGGACCAAGCGGUCAACGAGCAGCAGCAGUGGACCUUCUUGUCGAAUUUGUCACGAAGGAGACUCGUGCGAUAAACUAGUUUCUCCAUGUCACUGUUCAGGUUCAGUGGGUGUAGUACACUUGGACUGCAUGGAGAAAUGGCUUGGUACUGCCAAUACGGAUACUUGUGAAAUCUGCCGAUACAAGUUCCACAUCGUCCGAUCGUCGCGCUCCCUGCUGGAGUUCUUCUGUAGUGGUUCAGACCGCAGACACCAGAAGUCUCUGAUAGGAGAUGUCAUAUGUUUCCUGUUACUGACACCGCUUGUCGUUGUCAGUUCAUUUUUGUGUAUGGAAGGUGCUGUUCAACGCGUUUCAACUGACAAGUGGGAAGCCGGCUGUUUAAUGGGCUUGUCAAUAGUCUUGUUAAUGGUAUACGUCAUUUGGAGUGUUCUGACAGUUAGAUUCCAUUACAAAAACUGGAAAAUUUGGAAAACUUUAAACCAGAACGUGAAGGUGCUAUCGUAUAAUCGAACUGAAAAAAAAUCGGACCAGAAUAACAACCCCUCUGGAUCAGAACCAACUCAAAAUGACAGCGUUUUCAUGGGAGCUUCUCUUGUUUCAGUAGCCAGCGAAACUCAAAUAGCUAAUGUCUUAGCCAUUCCAUCACCCAGUAAUGAUGAUGAUAAUAAUGACCACAAAAUUUCACCACUGCAGAAGGAAACGAAAGGUCAAGAUCUUAACUUUGUAGAUAAAGGUCAACAGAUAGACACGCGAUUGUAAUUAUUUUAUAAGCAUUUUAGAAAUUAGAA